UACUCUUUAUGCCAGGAGAGUGGGGGAAAUGUGACGUGCAUCAAAUUUGGUUUUAUUAUUGUAAAACAUAUUUUUUAUUUGUUUUUAGAUAAUAGAUAUAUUUAAAGUUAUUUGUAAGUGUUCGAAAACUUUCCAAUACCUAAAAUGAGUGGAAACUAAUAGUUUAAUAUUUCAAUUUAAUAAUUAAGUAACAAUAUGUUUGAAAACAGGUGCAAAACGUUAUUUAUUGCAAUGUCGCUGGUGUACUUGUUAAUUUCACUUUUUGUUCAUUUACUUGACUCGCAUCUUCACAUUCCACAUUUUGUAUUAAAGUUGAUUAGGUACGGCAAACUUGUUAACGGCUCGAAAAGAGUUUCAUCAGUUUCAUGGAGCUAUUUGGAAGUUCCUAAAUCAUAUUUUAAAUACAUUUAUUUAGUGGCCGCUUGGGUGUAUGCCCCUGUUGUAAUCAACCAAAUUAUCCUGGUUUAUGCUUUGGACCAAGAUGCUUCUCAGUGGUUUACCACUUUGUUGGAUGUUUGUUGUGGGUCAAAACGAGUUGCUACGGUUUCUACAAGUCACACCGUUAUUGCAGUUUUGUUAUUGACUUUGCAGAUAUGGAGGCGAUUUUAUGACACACAUUUUGUGUCAGUCUUUAGUAAAAAAGCCUCAAUGUUCUGUUUCCAGUUUAUCAUAGGAAUUUUUUAUUAUUUGGGUGCAAUGGUCAUAAUAGUCAGUGAGGCUCCUAAGUUUGCUGUUACACGAGAGCCGGAUAAGUUUGAUUGGUCUAAUGUAACUAUAACUGAUGUAGUUGCAGUUUUGGUAUUUUUGUGGGCCUGGUAUCGGCAACACACGACCACAGUGAUUUUGGCCAAUCUCCGAAGAAAUUCAAAAGGAACGGUGGUUACAGAAAAUUAUAAGCUACCAAAUGGUGAUUUAUUCAAAUACUUAUCCUCACCACACUGCACUACUGAAAUUUUGAUGUAUACAUGUUUAUGGGUCAUUCUCGGUUAUAAACAUAGCUGGUGGUGUGUUUAUACACUAGUGUUGUCCAACCAACUUGACUCAAUAAUUAGUACUCAUAAAUGGUACAAAAAGAAUUUCCAAAACUUUCCAAAAGAAAGGAAGGCGUUGAUACCGUUCGUGAUAUAAGCAAAAACAAGAAAAAACAGUUCAACAUAAAGUAUUAUUUAUAUGGCAUUUUGACACUGUCCUUAAAUCUGAGUUAACAGACAUUUUCUUAUCUACUGAUGCGUGGAGGUAGUUAAGAUACCUAGUAACAAUAAAUAAGUUAAGAAUUGGUCUAA